UUCCACACAGAGAUCAUUUCUCCAGCCUACUGCUUUCGCACGAUAGGCACCAGACAGACGAACCUCAAGAAGCAUAUCAUAUUCAGAACGGCGACUAGAAGCAGAUGAGCUAGGUGCUGUCGCCAGGAAGCCUGUCAUGGCCGAUGCCGCCGAGCAGUUGGCGUUAUUCACGUAGAUCAUUCCACCAGCUUUCGACACACGCGCCGCAAUGGGGUUCGCUCUUGAGUAGAGCUCGGUUUCAACCUCGGCGGAACUCUCGCGGGUCAACAUUGGCUUCAGCCUCGCCUCGCCCAAUCGCUGCUGUUGAAUCCGUCAUCGCCAGCCAUUCUGUCAGCGAAUCCGUCACACCACCAUUCCGCCGACCGCCAAAAUGCAGCCUUCAGGGCCAUUUGCCCGAAGCAGCAACCGGCGAGAUUCGGCUCCCAGCAAGGACGAUGCGGACGACGCCAGCACACAGAAGCUGGGAAGCUUCGGAAGAAGCAGCAGCAGCGGGUUGGGGGCCUCGUCCCCCCAUGGGCGGUGGCGGUCCGUCGAGUUUUUCCUCAUGUACUGCUACACCGCGUACUUCUACUACCAGGUGGUCCGCCACGCCGUGCGCCUGUCCGACCGUUAUGCAUCCCUUGUGCGGCUGUGGCCGGCCAGCAGCAGCGGGCUCUACCCCGGCUGGAUCGCCGGCAGAAAGGUCGACCUCUCUGACGACCAGUGGAGGAACUUUCGAGGAAACCUCCCCAUCCUGACCGUUGUCAUGGGUAUGUUGUGCGGCUUGGCUCUUCUUAUCAGGUUCGGGGUGACAGCUUCGGGCCAAAGCAAGGACGGUUCUGUGGGGGGUGUCAAGAGGUGGGGCAGCGGAGGGGGGCACGUGCUGGCAUGGUAUUGGCUCAUAGCAUCCCUAGCGUACGUGGUGUACCUACACGAGGCGAGUACACUCUUCCUCCUCGCCUUCGCCGUAGCGAAUUACGUUCUAGUGAAGCAGCUGGGCUCAUUUUGCGCAAGCAGAGGCAGCAGCAGCAGCAGCAAGCAGGGCGGAGCCACAGCCAUCCAGUGGGGCUGGGUGUUCCCCGGCGCCCUGUGGGCGUGGCAGUGCGGCUCCUACGUCGCCAUCCGCGCCCACGACGGCUUCAGAUUCGCCCACCUGCCCCUCGUGGGGGGCAGCCUCGCGUUCCUGGACGCGCACAGGGGGGUGUUCCGAUGGGAGAUCUGCUACAACCUGCUGCUGCUGCGCAUGAUCAGCUUCGGGCUCGACUACUACUGGGCCGCCAGGGACGCUGCAGCAGCAGCAGCGGCACAAGGGGGGCUGGUCAGGAGUCCCAGGGGGGGGGCAGCAGCAGAGGCAGAGCCGCUGCUGGGGUCCAGGGGUACAGGUGCUCUCACCCCCAGCAGCACGGGCAGCAGUUUCCUGGAAGCUCACCGCGCCAGGUGCUUGCAGUGCCGGCAGGGCCAGGAGUGCUACACGGCGCGGCAGGGCGUGAGCCUGCCGCUGAGCGUGUACUCGCUGCCCAACUACCUCGCCUAUCUGCUCUUCGCCCCGCUCUACAUCUCCGGCCCCAUCGCCUCCUUCAACGCCUUCACCUCGCAGCUCGACGCCCCGCAAAAGACAAUGUCCGCCGCCCGGGUGGCCGUCUACGCCAUGCGCCUGGCAGCCUCGUUCCUGCUGAUGGAGCUUAUGAUGCACUUCUGCUACUUCCAGGCGCUAGCCAAGUCCGCCGGACCCUGGUUCUCACAAGCCUCCCACACGCCUGGGGGCAGAGACCUGGGGAGUGCCUUAUGGGGCCAGGAGGCCCCUGGGAGCCUGGCCCUGGGCAUGAGCAUAGUGAGCUACGGCGUGCUCAACUUCAUGUGGCUCAAGUUCUUCCUCAUCUGGCGCUACUUCCGCCUCUGGGCGCUCGUCGUCGGCGUGGAAACCCCCGAGAACCUUCCGCGUUGCAUUAACAAUAAUUAUGACAUCGAAGGGUUCUGGCGCGGGUGGCAUGCGUCGUACAACAAGUGGAUCGUGCGGUACCUGUACGUGCCGCUUGGCGGCGGGAAGCGGAAGCUAGUGAACGUGUGGGUGGUGUUCACGUUUGUGGCGCUGUGGCACGACCUGGAGUGGAAGCUGCUGUGGUGGGCGUGGCUCACCUCCCUGCUGCUCGCACCCGAGAUGAUCGUCAAAGCCAUUGCCAACCUCAAGGCCAUGCAGGGCUUCCGCCGGUCGUGGCUGUACCGCGAGGCGUGUGCCAUGGCGGGCGCCAUCAACGUGCUGGGGCUGAUGGCCGCCAACCUGGUGGGCUUCGUUGUGGGGCUGGACGGGGUCAAGGGCUUCCUCGCCAGCUUCCUCUCGGACCCCUUCCUUGUACUCGUUACAGUCUUCUCCAUGUACGUUGGCGUGAAGCUCAUGCUGGAGAUCCGCGAGAGCGAGGCAAGGGCAAAGGCGCAGCAGAGUGUGCUGGGAGGGGAGGUGGCAGGCGAAAGGGUGAAGGUGGAGCAGGGGGCACCGGGUCGGCUGGAUGACAAGCAUGGCCAUCAGAUGUAAGAAGGCAUCGGGUUUAGCACGGGCGUCAGAUGUAGGUAGGCAGAUCAGUUGGUGUUGCAAUUGGUAUACUGUAGUGCAUUGGCUAACCUAGAAGGGGCGGCAUUGGACGACGGAUGGCGCUACUAUCUGGUUCUUGUGUAGCACCAGCUGAAGCAUUGUUUGCUGGAUUUGGCAUAAAAUGUGGCUAUCCUG